GACCCCGUCGGUGAAAUUAUAAACGACUUAAACGAAGGUGUGUAGGGUGGACCUCCCGCAGCGCCGGUGCACGCCCGUGCGUAAAGCACCAGAGAGAGAGCGAGAGGGAGAGAGCGAGAGAGAGAGCCGCUCGCCCUCAGCGCCGGCCACUUCUCAUGCAGAGCGCGUCUGCCGAGAGUAGCGCCAGCGUCUGCGCGUCCUUCACACUCUUCAUACGUGAGGACAGUUCGCCGGAGCCCGAGCCUCAAAGUGUCCAAACAUUAUCUCGUCCCCCUUUUGUUUUGCGGACAAUCAGCCGGAGUGAGGAGGGGAUCGAGUAUCUGAUCGGAAACUUGGCGCAUCCGCCCGCUAUCGCGCUGCGAGGAGACAUCAGGAAACUGAAGAGGGGGAGACAACGUGUUGUGAAUACAGAGGAGUAACUAUUGACACCUUCAGCCCACCAGUCUGCCGAGCGCCCGGACCCAGCGAAAAAGACAUCGCUGGGAAGGACUCCGCUUUAUAUCGGUGUAACACUUCAGGCUGAGCGACAUCGUCUGUGCUUAUUUACGAGCUGAGUAUCUCCACUUUUAUCUUUUGGCUCCAUCCCGGGGCUGGAAACCGGCUUCCUCAUUUCGGUUCUCCUCGAAACGCACAGAAAAGCCAAUAGAUCUGCCCUAAAACCAGAAUCGGGCGAGAUCUCUGUGUAGCACUGACAUGCUGUAAGUUGCUUUAUCUGGACUGGACGCGUAUUAUGGCUUCGCUGUAUCAGAGAUUUACCGGGAAGAUCAAUACGACCAAUUCCUUCCCGCAUCCACCUGAGGCCAGCCACCUCCUCGGCGGCCAGCUUGCCGACGACGACAACGCCGUGAAGAGCCCUCAGCAACUCGUCGACGGCAGAGCCCACGUCCAGUACCGUAAGAACUGCCUGAAGGAGGACGAGGAUGACCUGGUGGGCAGCGCUCCGCCGCAGAGGAACUGGAAAGGCAUCGCCAUUGCCCUGCUGGUCAUCCUCGUCAUCUGCUCCCUGAUCGUCACCUCCGUCAUCCUGCUGACCCCGCGUGAAGACGAAAGCCUGGCCCUCAAGAAGAAAGUCACCACAGAGGACGUGUUCAGCCCAGACCUGCGCAUCCACGACCCAGACGCCAAAUGGCUCAGCGACAACGAGCUUCUGUACCGCACGCGCGACGGCGACGUCGUCAACCUCAGCCUCGCCACCGGCCACAGGACCGUCGUGGUGCCGAGUCAGCUGUUUGACCGGUCCCGCGCUGCCAAGUACCAGGUGUCCCCGGACAUGCAGUACGUGCUGUUCGCCUUCGAGGUCAAACCGAUCUACCAACACUCCUACGUGGCCAAGUACAUUAUUUACAGCCUUGUGACACAGCAAACGUGGGCUCUGAACCCCCCCGAGGUGCAUGACACGGUGCUUCAGUUUGCUGGAUGGGGGUCCAAAGGUCAGCAGCUGAUCUUCAUAUUUGAAAACAACAUCUACUACAAGUCGACGGUGGAGAGCCGGACGAUCCGCCUGGUGUCCACGGGUCAGGAGGGAGUCGUCUUCAACGGCCUGGCGGACUGGCUCUACGAGGAGGAGAUCCUGCAGACCCACAUAGCUCACUGGUGGUCCCCAGACGGGCUGCGCUUGGCGUACAUGACCAUCAACGACUCGCUGGUCCCCAGGAUGGAGGUCCCCUUCUUCACGGGAACGCCGUACCCGGGCAGCCUGGAGUACCGCUACCCGAAGGCCGGGGAGGAAAACCCUGUAGUGCACCUGUCGGUGGUGAGCCUCAACGGACCCUUGCACACGGUGGCGAUGAAGAAGCCCGACGACCCGCGGAUCGGGAGGGAGUAUUACAUCACCAUGGUGAAAUGGGCCACCAGCACCAAGCUGGCCGUCAACUGGCUGAACCGAGCCCAGAACAACUCCAUCCUGACUCUGUGCGAAGCCACGACCGGAGUCUGCAUCAAGAAACAAGAGGACGAGAGUGAGAGCUGGCUGCACCGGCAGAACGAAGCGCCCCUCUUCUCUCGGGACGGACACAAGUUCUUCUUCACCAGAGCGAUCCCUCAGGGCGGGAGGGGGAAGUUUUUCCACAUCUCCAUGUCAACGUCAAUGCCCAACAGCAGCACGGACAUUCUCCAGUCCCUGACGUCCGGAGACUGGGACGUCACCCGCAUCCUGGCCUACAGCCACGAGAGGAACCUCAUAUACUUCCUGAGCACCGAGGACGACCCCAAGCGGCGGCACCUGUACAGCGCCGACACCAUCCCGCCGUUCAACCGCUGCUGCCUGUCCUGCGAGUUCAAGUGCGGCUACGUGGACGUGUCCUUCAGCCACAACAUGCAGUUCCUGCUGCUCCACUGCAAAGGUCCAGACAUUCCGAGCGUGGCCGUGUACAGAACCGAGGACAAACAGAAGGUGGUGGACGUGGAGACGAACAAACUGGCCAACGACACGUACCACAGCAUGCAGAUGCCCAGAGUGCAGUACGAGACCAUCACCAUCGACGACUACACUCUGACCAUGCAGAUCCUGAAGCCCGCCGGGUUCAUGGACACGGCCCACUACCCGCUGCUGCUGCUGGUGGACGGGACGCCCGGGGGCCAGAUGGUGACGGAGCAGUUCCAGGUGGACUGGGCCACGGUUCUGGUGAGCAGCUUCAGCGCCGUCGUCAUCCGCUUCGACGGCCACGGCAGCGGCUUCCAGGGCACCAACCUCCUCCACAAGGUGCGGCGGCGGCUGGGCGAGCUGGAGGAGCGGGACCAGCUGGAGGCGCUCAGGUUCAUAUCCAAGGAGCCGUAUAUUGAUAAGAAUCGGAUGGGCGUUUACGGAAAGGGGUAUGGAGGCUAUUUAGCAACGAUGCUUCUGAGCUCUAAAGAGUUUACUCAGCUGAAAUGUGGGACAGCGGUGUCGCCCAUUACAGACUUUGAGCUAUACGCGUCUGCGUUUUCCGAACGCUACCUCGGCUCGAGGACAGAUUCUCGAGUAUAUACGGCGGCGAAUUUAGCGCACAGGGCCGGCCAACUCCAGGAGAAGCGCUACUUGAUAAUUCACCCGACCGCUGACGAGAAAGUUCACUUCCAGCACACGGCCAAAUUUAUCAACCAUUUAAUCAGCGAGAAGGCCAACUACACUCUACAGAUCUACCCGGACGAGGGCCACUUCCUCCACGGCGAUGGGACGCAGCAGCACCUGAGCCAGUCUCUGGUCAACUUCUUCGAGGAGUGCUUCCGGGUUCCGGAGGCGCCGACGGACGAGCAGCGGGACGAGGACGAGGACAACAGUUAAACGUGCUGACGGGAGCAGCCCCGGCCCGCCUGCACUACUACAGCACAAUAUGCAACAGAUGGACACCUUGCCACCUCCCACCCAGUCUGAUUAUAGCUCUACUUUGAAUUGCAGCACUUGCAUGUGCAAAAGGGACGUCAGCCUGCACCCCCCACCCCCCGUCCUCAUCUCGUGCUGGCUGCUGAUGAGGAAGCCAGCGUGAAAGACGAUGACUUUGGCGCAGACGCAGCAGUCAUGUCCCUCUGGCGUUGGAAUAACUGGACUCGCGCGCCCUCUGCUGGACAAAUAGAGGAUUAACAUAACAUCCAGUGAGUAAUGUGGCUCUAAUUCCGAACCAGACACAUUAAUCAAUCGCUUUGCAGAACAAAAUAUCUGUGUGACGAUCAGUUCAUUAUGCUGACGUUUUACUUUUUAAAGGCUGCCAGUUUCUGGUCACCCCCCCCCCCCCCCCCCCC